AUGACGAAUCAUUGCUUGGAUUAUGCUGACCCGAAAAGGAAAGGCAAUUUUCUUGGAAAAGUUUUUCUUGCUGCUGGAUUAACAGCAUUAUGCAUUAUCAUGAUCAAGCAAUCUCCAUCUUUGAGUUCCACUAGUCCGUUUGCCAUUCGCGAACCUGGGGUAACUCAUGUUUUAGUAACAGGCGGUGCAAGCUACAUUGGUUCACAUGCUACGCUUCGGCUUCUGAAGGAAAAUUAUCGUGUCACUAUAGUAGACAAUCUGUUACGAGGAAAUAUGGGUGCCGUCAGAGUUCUUCAAAAUUUAUUUCCAGAACCAGGAAGGCUUCAAUUUAUAUAUGCUGACUUGGGAGAUCAGACAUCUGUUAAUAAAAUAUUUUUGGAGAAUAAGUUUGAUGCUGUGAUGCACUUUGCUGCUGUUGCAUAUGUUGGGGAAAGCACUGAGGAUCCUCUCAAGAUCCGGAAUUGUUUAUCUCAGCUGUACGCCAAAGACAUCACUCUUGAUGAUAAGCAAGAGCUUGAUGAGGCUUUGCAGUAG